CUUCACUUUGCCUUCUGUUCUAAGCUGUGCCUGGUCACAACUUUGACCAGGACUUGCCUACCCAUCCUACCAGCAGCAUGAAGCCUGCGCUGUUUCUCCAGCUCCUGCUGUUGACUCACUUAGCAUCGCAGCUGGUGUCUGGGAGUCCCAAGCAACAUUUUAGGAGGUAUAUCUUGGAACCUCCACCCUGCCGAUCAGACCCGGAAAACUGUACCGAGUUCUGCACAUUACAGGAAGAUUGCCAACCAGGAUUUCAGUGUUGUUCUGCCUUCUGUGGUAUAGUUUGUACAUUAAACAAACAUGUAAACCGCGAAAGACCCAAAAUCAAAACCUUGAGAAACAACAGGGUUGGCGAGUGAGGCAUAUUUUCCAGAGCAUUUUGUUCCAUAUACGUUAGCUGUCAAAGACAAGUAUCGUGUGUCUGAUGUUUGAAAUAGCUUCUAAGAUGGAUCAAGGCAUAUUUAUGAAAAGCACUCCAUCCCUGAAAGACUGUGUGAUUAAACCAAAU